AUGGGCUCCUCACAAAAAGACCGCGGCGUACGCAUCGCCAUCGACAGGGGCGGCACCUUCACAGACUGCGUCGGCAACUACAACGGAGAGGACAUUGUCAUCAAGCUUCUCUCCGUCGACCCAGCCAACUACGAUGAUGCGCCCCUCGAGGGUAUCCGGCGCAUCAUGUCGCACUUCCUCAAGAAAGAGAUCCCCCGCGGGCAGCCAUUAGACACAGCCAAGAUCGAUUCCAUCCGUAUGGGCACAACAGUUGCAACCAAUGCUCUCCUGGAAAGAAAGGGCGAGAAGAUCGCCAUGGUGGUCACCAAGGGCUUCAAAGAUUGUCUUGUUAUCGGCAACCAGUCGAGACCCAAGAUCUUCGACUUGGCGAUUCGCAAGCCCGAGGUGCUGUACUCAACGGUUGUGGAAGUGGAAGAGCGUGUCACACUCGAAGACUACGCCGAAGAUCCAGAACGCCAUCUCACCAAGGUAGACGUCAAGGCCGGGACCGCCGAAGCCAAGAACGCCGACCUUGUCAUGGGUCUAUCAGGAGAAGCCGUCCGGAUUCUUCAAAGACCAGAAAAGGAGACCAUCCGCGCCAAGCUCCAGGAGAUCUACGACAGUGGCAUCAGGAGCAUAGCCGUAUGUCUGAUGCACGCGUACACCUUCCCCGACCACGAGGCUCUCGUCGGCGAGGUCGCCCGCGAAAUCGGCUUCACCCACAUCUCCCUCAGCCACGAGCUCAUGCCCAUGAUCAAGCUCGUCUCGCGCGCCACUUCAGUCUGCGCAGACGCCUACCUCACACCCGCCAUCAAGAAGUACAUCUCCGGCUUCCAAAAGGGCUUCGUCGGUGGUCUCGGAACCAAGGGUGUCAAGCAGUCAGAAGGUGCUGUAGGUGCUCGCUGCGAAUUCAUGCAAUCCGACGGCGGCCUCGUCGACGUCGACAAGUUCACCGGUCUCAAGGCCAUUCUGUCCGGCCCUGCCGGCGGCGUGGUCGGCUACGCCAUCACCUCAUACGACGAAAACACCAAGAUCCCCGUCAUCGGUUUCGACAUGGGCGGCACCAGCACGGACGUGUCCCGCUAUGGCGAGGGCCGGUACGAUCACACCUUCGAGACCACCACGGCUGGCGUAACCAUCCAGUCGCCGCAGCUCGACAUCAACACCGUCGCUGCCGGUGGUGGUUCCAUCCUCUUCUUCCGCAACGGUCUGUUCGUCGUCGGCCCGGAGUCUGCUAGCGCUCACCCUGGUCCUGCGUGCUACCGCAAGGGUGGCCCGGCAACCGUUACCGAUGCCAACUUGUUCCUGGGCAGACUCUUGCCUGAGUUCUUUCCCAAGAUCUUCGGCAAGAACGAGGAUGAAGGGUUGGACCCGGAGGCUAGUAGGAUCAAGAUCCAGGAACUGGCGGACCAGAUCAAGGCUGAGACGGGCAAGGAGAUGGAUCUUGACGAGGUCGCGUACGGCUUCCUGACGGUGGCUAAUGAGGCCAUGACUAGGCCCAUCAGGAGCAUCACUGAGGCCAAGGGUCACGAUACUUCCAAGCACCGUCUUGCUACUUUUGGUGGUGCCGGUGGUCAGCAUGCUGUUGCUAUCGCCGAGUCUUUGGGCAUCAAGCAGAUCCUCAUCCACCGUUACUCUUCCGUCUUGUCGGCCUACGGCAUGGCUUUGGCUGACGUGGUUGAUGAGCGCCAGGAGCCUGACUCUUCUGUCUGGAAGGCUGAUGACCAGUCCGUCAUCCAGGGGCUCAAGGACAAGAUGGAGGCUCUCAAGGAAAAGUCCCGCCAGGCGCUACGUGAUCAAGGGUUUGAGGACGACCAGAUCGUGUUCGAGGAGUACCUCAACAUGCGCUACCGCGGAACCGAGUCGACGCUGAUGAUCAUCAAGCCGACCGCCGAGGAAGCCGAGAAGCACUAUAACGGUAACGACUGGGACUUUGCCAGCGCGUUUGUGCGCCACCACAGAUACGAGUUCGGCUUCACGCUGGAGGAGCGCGACAUUGUUGUUGAUGAUGUCCGUGUCAGAGGCAUUGGCAAGAGCUUCCGGUAUGAGGAGAAGAGUGUCGAUGAGCAGCUCAAGACGAUUCAGAAGAAGGAUGUGGAUGUCAAGAACACGCACAGCACUGCCAAGGUGUACUUUGAGAAUGGACGGAUGGAUACGCCCAUCUACAAGCUCGGAGAUCUCAGCGUCGGCACUGUGAUUAAGGGCCCGGCCAUGCUGGCUGAUGGCACACAGACUAUCGUGGUCACACCCAAGAGCACUGCCCUGGUGCUGGAGACCCACGUUGUGGUUGAUAUCGAGGAGACGGAUAAGAACAAGGAUCAGAAGGGAGAUGGCGAGCGCGAGGUUGAUCCAAUUAUGCUCAGUAUCUUUGGCCAUAGGUUCAUGGCUAUUGCCGAGCAGAUGGGCAUGGCUCUGCAGAAGACGAGUUCCAUGUCCACCUGCGUUCGCCGUCAAGCAGAGAUCUGGAAGGGUAAGCUGCGCAAGGGCGAUGUUCUCAUGACCAACCACCCCUCUUAUGGCGGUACUCACCUUCCCGACGUCACCCUGAUCAUGCCUGCCUUCAACGCAGCCGGCGACAAGAUUCUCUUCUACGCCGCCUCGCGUGCUCACCACGCCGACAUUGGCGGUAUCACCGCCGGCAGCAUGCCUCCCCACUCCCGCGAGCUCUACCAGGAGGGCGCCGCCGUCAAGAGCGAGAAGCUGGUUUCAGAGGGCAAGUUCAACGAAGACCGUGUCAUCGAGCUCUUCCACAAGGAACCCGCCCAGUACCCCGGCUGCAGCGGCACUCGCUGUCUCGCCGACAACAUCAACGACCUGCGCGCCCAAGUGUCCGCCAACCAAAAGGGCAUCUCCCUCAUCGAGACCCUGAUCGCGGAAUACGGUGAAGACACCGUGCAAUUCUACAUGGUCGCCAUCCAAAACAACGCCGAGCAACAAGUCCGCAACCUCCUGCGCACCGUCCACAAGCGCUUCCAAGGCCGCGACCUCUCCGCCAUCGACUACAUGGACGACGGCAGCCCUAUCCAGCUCAAGGUGACCAUCGACCCAGAAGCAGGCGAAGCCGUCUUCGACUUUGCCGGCACCGGCCCCGAAGUGUACGCCAACAUCAACGCGCCCGAAGCCAUCUCCUACUCGGCCAUCAUCUACACCCUCCGCUGCAUGAUCUCGGAGGACAUCCCGCUGAACCAGGGCUGUCUGAAGCCCGUGACCGUCAAAAUCCCGCCCAAGUCUCUCUUGUCCCCUUCCGACAACGCCGCCGUUGUGGGCGGCAACGUGCUCACCUCGCAGCGCAUCACGGACGUCAUCUUCAAGGCCUUCCAGGCGUGCGCCGCCUCGCAAGGGUGCUGCAACAACCUCACUUUUGGCUUUGGCGGCAACGUCGCAGGCGAGGAGGAGGUGAAAGGAUUUGGAUACUACGAGACCAUCGCCGGUGGCUCGGGUGCCGGCCCGACAUGGGAGGGAACGGAUGGUGUGCAUGUGCACAUGACCAACACGCGGAUUACGGACUCGGAGAUUUUCGAGCGUCGAUACCCCGUUUUGUUGCGCGAGUUUUCCAUUCGGAAGGGGUCGGGAGGAAAAGGUAAACACCGCGGUGGCGAUGGCGUGGUGCGCGAUAUUGAGUUCCGACUCCCGUUGCAGGUCAGCAUCCUUUCGGAACGAAGAGUGUACAGACCGUAUGGUCUGGCGGGCGGCGAGGAUGCGCAGUGCGGGUUGAAUUUGUGGGUGAGGAAGGUGAAGAAGGCGCGGUGGGAGGAUACGUUGCGCAAGAUCCAGAAUGGGGAGCAGGACCAGCAGGAGGAGGAGGAGAAGGAAGUGGGGGGUGAGGCCGAGGGUUAUGAAGAGAGAGUGAUCAAUAUGGGCGCGAAGAACAGUGCGCCGAUGAAGGCGGGCGAUAGGAUCAUUAUUUGCACGCCUGGUGGUGGUGGAUGGGGAAAGAGUGGUGAGGAGAGGGAGUUGGAUGAGACUCGGGAUCCGAUGGGCAACUGGAAGAUGGGAAGUCAUGCGGCAAGGAUGGAUAUGGCGCUGCAGGCUUGAUUUGGUGGUUGAUGUUAGGGACCUGAUGAGUGGUGAGGUGAAGAAGAAGAAGAAGAAGAAGAAGAAAAAGCUGUAAGCGCUCAGCGGGAAUCUUCUGUAUGUAUUUUCCAAGUAUGUAUGUAUAGCAAACGAAUAUGAACAUAAUAUGUACCA